CAAACAAGACCUCCGUGAAAAAUUAAUUCAAAUCUCAGUGAAGGGAAGUAAGCAUGGGUGAGGCAAUACCAAAGGAAGUGAAGGAUCUGUGGGACAAAUGGAACAUACGUGGUUUGGUGAUUCUCAGUCUUGCCCUUCAGACAAUCCUGGUUCUUCUCUCACCAAACAGAAAACGAACUCACCGGCGUUUUUUCCGGUUGCUCAUUUGGUCGGCUUACCUUUUAGCCAACUGGGCAGCAGAGUACGCGGUGGGACAGAUCUCAGAUAAUCAAGGAAGCGAACCGCAACCCAAGAACACCGAUCUCUUAGCUUUCUGGGCAACUUUUCUUCUCUUGCACCUCGGUGGUCCUGAUACUAUUACGGCUCUUGCUAUUGAGGACAACGACCUUUGGCUAAGGAGCUUGUUCGGCCUUGUUUGCCAAGCAAUCAUCACUCUCUACGUCUUUUUUCUCUCAAUUCCAAACAGACUUUUGGUACCUACAUCGCUCAUGCUUGUAGCCGGAGUCAUCAAGUAUGUGGAAAGGAUAAAGGCGUUGCGUGGAGCUAGUCUUGAAACCUUCAAGGACUCGAUGCUCGGAGAGCCUGAUCCUGGACCGGAUUACGCAAGGCUCAUGGAGGAGUAUUCAAUUAGGAAGGUGCAUAAAGAGCCAACCCGGAUAAUUAGGUACGAGGAGGCUGAAAAAGGUCAACGGCCCAAGGUUUUCGUGAGGCCAAAUACAGAGCUGACGGAUCUAGAGGCUGUCCAAUACGCGUAUAAGUACUUCAAUAUCUUUAAAGGUCUUGUGGUUGAUCUCAUGCUUAGCUCUCAAUCUGAGGAGUUGAACAACAGCAAAGAAUUUUUCAUCUUAUCAACACCAGAGGAAGCUUUGAGGGUUUUAGAGGUAGAGCUCAGCUUCAUCUAUGGCACCUUUUACACCAAAGUAAACAUUCUGCAUACCUGGAUUGGAAUUUCUUUCCGCCUCAUUGCCCUAGCAUCCCUUGUGUCAUCCCUCUGCAUUUUCGCAACGAUGAAGAAAUCUGAAUAUGACCAGUUUGAUAUCGGCCUAACUUACGUAUUGCUCAUAGGUGGAAUAGCACUUGAUUUGGUUGCUAUAUUCAUCUUAUGUGUCUCUGACUGGACAUUUGCCAGAUUUUGGAAGCCAAAGGAGGAUGAGGAAGAUACGGGCACCUCAUCUUCAGUUUCAGGAUUUUUCAAUUGGAUCCUCAGUUUCAGGAAGCUGAAGUGGAAGCCUUACGAUUGUUCUCACAAAGUAAAAGGCAAUUGUCAGGUUUCUGAUAGAAAAUUUAUAUUCCGCAGAUGGUCAGAAUACAUAUACUCAUACAACCUGAUUGGGUACUCUCUGGGACUGAAGUCUACGAGAAUCCACAAUACCAACGGAUACAUUCACCGUUUCUUUGACGCUUUCAUUCACUCUUUGUGUAUUGAUCGUGCCAUCAAUUGUUUCUUCAGAGGAAUCGGGUUCUGUUUCAGGAACAUGAUAUAUGGGACUCAUCGCGUUCGCAACAGGUUGAGCAAACUCAUCUCUCGAUCAUCAACGAACAACCGGAACCUGUAUUAUGCACUUUACCCACUGAAGCUGUUUCUGAGUUUCUGGUUUGGAAUCCCAAUUAUCUACUAUGCCUUGGAAUUUUUUGGUAUCUCAGAUCAGCUCAACGGGAUGAUUUAUACAUCAAGUGAUCGCAUCACAAAAGAUAUGUGGGAGUUCAUAUUUGAAGAGGUUAAGCGUAGAUCUCAAGAUGCUGAUAGGGCAGAGAGCGCCAAUGACAUAUAUUCGACAAGGGGUGAGUGGGUUCUGCGCGAUACAUCAAUAGGAAAAGCUACAAAUGGGACACUCCGCAGAAAACUGCUAAGCUACGUAACUCAAGCAGACUAUGAUCAGAGCAUUAUUAUGUGGCAUAUUGCUACAGAGCUCUUAUACCAAACAGAGGAAGCCCCUCAGAAGAAUCAAUGUUACCGCGAGUUCAGCAAAAUCCUUUCAGACUACAUGAUGUACCUCUUAUUCGUUCAGCCUACUCUGAUGUCGACAGUUGCAGGAAUCGAUAAGAAAAGAUUUAUGGAAGCUAUAGCAGAAGUUAAGAACUCUAGAGAAGCUAAAAAGUACUUGGAGAAGAAGUACCGUGUGGAUUCAGACCAAGAGCUGCUCUGCAAAGAGAUUUUAUCUUCUGUCGAGGAAUUUAGCGAAAAAAAAGGCAAGAGGUAUCAACGCAAGAAUGUGCUAGCUGAUGCAAGUAAACUAGCAAAUGCGCUUAACCAGCUAAGUAAGGAAGACGAAGAAGUGAAGUGGGAGAUAGUAAGCAAAGUCUGGGUGGAGAUGCUUUGCUAUGGAGCAACUUAUUGUGACCCGAAACAACAUGUAGCGCAACUGAGCAAUGGAGGGGAAUUCAUCAGCUUUGUUUGGCUAUUGAUGGCUCAUUUUGGCCUUGGAGACCAAUUCCAGACCACAGAGGAGAAUGCUAGAGGCAGAAUAAUUGUGUCCAGAUGAUCAAUAUAUUUAUAUAUGCUCAAAGUUUAAGUAAUAAACUUCAAUGUUCCUUGUGUUGUUCCUUACUUUUCCCCUGUUACACAA